AUGUCUGACAAUCAAACAACAUCACCUGCACCCGAUGCAAACCUUCCUCAUGGAGCGAACAACCUUGGUACCGAAGGGCAGUUAGAAGUCUACCACGAUGCUCGGGAGAAUAUUCUCACUGCUCCUCCUACCCCAUCAUCCAGCAGUAUGACCACUCCCCUGGGAACUGGUCAGGGCAAUAUGGUUCAGACUGAUCUCCUAUCCCCCCAGUUCAACGUUCCUGUUCCCGAAGCCAAUACCACUCAACAAGACAACCAAGUUCUCACGGAAAAUGACCAAAAUUUGGAAGAGAAUAACCCCACUAUUUCACGUGCUCCACCACCCAGCGGCACUUCCACCCCCAUCAGGAAUGCUCAGCGUGGCAUGCUUCAGAUUGAUCUCUUCUUCUCCCGUCUGAAUGCUCCAGUUCCCGAAGACAUCACCGACGAUGAAGAUAACGAUGAAGAUUACGAUGAAGACGACGAUGAAGACAGCGAGGACGAGUGGGAAGUUGAUACCAUCCCAGUGGCACCUCCCUACUGCGAAAGUGGCUCUGAUGCCGACGACUCCGAUGAUGACUGCGAUGAUGACAAUACAUGCAACAUCUGCUACCAUCGUAAAUCCACCGUAUCAUUCCCCACUUGCACACACAAAAUGUGCCCGAGCUGCACCAAACAAUACUGGUGGGCCCUCCUGCUUGACAAAAAUCACUGGCCUAUGGAGAUUCCUUGCCCAUUCUGCAGAAGAAUGAUCAGCGCGGUUGUUGAAAGCGACAAGACGAAUGUUCAGCUUGUCAGGUGGAUUAUCAAUUCGAGCACUAGUGCUCUAAAGAGGUUGAGGAACGCUAAUAACCACUUCGCCCAUCCAAUUCUUAUGGGGGUUUGGAUUUACGGAUAUCGUCUCGAAACCGCUCGUUCCCGCAAUUGGACAUGCUGUUUCCUCGCCUUCGGUUUUCUCCUUGGCAUUCUCUGGGCAUACAACAUAAACUUGAAUAACGCACGGGAAUCGCUCUGA